AACGAUCACACUCGUUUGUGUAUUGCGAAGACGGGCGGACGUACGUCGGCGUCGAAUGCGGAAAAAGCGCUAAAGCGAACUAGCGAAAAAGUGCGAAUACCAAAAGCAAAAGAGAGCCAAACAACUUGUUUUAUUUUUUUUCACCACAAGCGUCGUCGCGACAACAACAAAGAGGAAUUUAAUAAAGGAAUUUAAAAAACAAACGAGAAAUAGAAAGAGAGAAAGCAGCAACUAAAUAUAACAACAAAUGCAUUAAAUAGUUUUGUUUUUUUUUUGCCACACUGCCAAAAUGCAGUUAGCGUUUGUUUGUCUCCUGAAAUAAACCCCAAACCCCAAAAUCGUGAAUAACGUGAAGCUUGGAAAAGGAUAACGCAAGAUUACAUAGAGCGCGAGCGAGACAGCACUUCUAAAGCAAAAGAGCGAGAGAGUGUGUCGAGGAGCGAUGGCCAGCGAGGAUGUGCAGAUCACUAGCGUCAUCGAUGCCAAUGGCCAGAGUCUACCGCUCCACGGCAACAGUUUGGGCGGUCCCUUGGGCCCGCCCGUCAAACAGGAGCGUCCCGACGACGCCGAGAUCCGCGAACUGGCGGCCAAAAUGAAGGAGCAGCAAAAGCAACAGGCCGCCCAGCAGGCAUCCCGUCAAGCGGCCAUGCAGCACUCGAAUGGUGGCGCCAAUGCGGCUGCCUCGGCCGGUGGCAACAUGCAGCCACCGAUAACAAAUGGCAAUGGCCAGACCAAUAUCAUGAGCUAUCUAUCUCGUCAUCAGAAACUACCCAACGGCACCAUGCAAGUGGUGCCCGCCUUGGCCUCCAAUGGCCGUUCGAAUGGAGCCGUCAGCGAUUCCGGCUCGGAUAAGAAAUCCUCGACGGGACCCUGCGACGAGGAGUCCAUACAAGGCCACUUUGGCUGGGCCCAAUUCGGCAAGGUAUCCAUACCGUACAUCUAUCGGCAAUCGGAGAAAUACUGCUCCGUGCGCAUGAUCGAGCUGAAACUGCUGGGCAAAUACCUCAACUGCCUGCAUCCGGAUAUCUACUCCAGCUGCACCUGCGUGCGCAGCUACUACAUCACCGAUGCGGAGGCGCGUCUCUUCAUCGAGAUCAAUCAUAAGCACUGCGAUGGCGAGUUCGGUCGCGACAUCUUCAACCAAAAGGAUCUGGUUGUGCGUCUCAGUGACGCAUCCAAGUUCUAUCAGUUCCUGGACAUUUGCUACAGGAAACUGGUAUCCGGCAGCAAGACGCCGUCGGAGAAAUGCGGCUUCAUUCGCAUCAACAAGGAGUCCGUGGUGCCCUACACUGUGCGCAACAAUCAGCAGGUUGUGCCGCUCUUCUAUUUUGAAGGCGAGACCGAGAAUCUGAAGACCAAGGCCGAAUUGCUCAAUGGCUGGGACCUGGCCUAUCUUAAGUUCUGCUGCAAGGUGCAGGGCAUACGCAACGAGCUCUUCUCCAGCGAAAAUGUUGCGGUCAUUUCGCUGACCGACAUCAAGAGCUACUUCCCAAAUGGCACCGAAUUCGAGGACUAUUGGCCCAGCAAGGUGGUCGACUCGAAUCUGCUGAUUGGCAAUCGCGCCAAUGUCAAUAACUCGGUCAACUGGACACGCCAGCCCUCGGCGCCGCCGCCAAAAGUGACCACCUCCAGUUCCGGAUCAUCUGGAUCGUCCUCCUCCAGCGGCAGCAAUCUGAGCCAGAACUCAUCAUCCGGCUCAUCGCCGGCGAACUCUGCCGGUGGCCAACAGGUGACCCCGAAAACGCAGCAACAGCACGCUGCCGCUGCAGCCGCAGCAGCGGCGUCGGCGCAUCAACAGCACCUGAUGAAGCAACGCGCCGCCGCAGCAGCAGCUGUCGCCGGCGCCAAUGGUGUGGCGAAUGCGGCCAACAGUUUUGGGGCAGCUGCGGUGGCGGCCUUCAAUUCCCAGGCGGCGGCAGCGGCAUCAAUGCUGCAGCAAUCGCAGGGCAACAACAGGAUGCUGUCGCAGGCCACCGUCCAGGCUUUGGCCAGCAGCGGAUGGAUGUCUGGACAGACGAACCUGCAGCUCCACGCCCAGAUGAUGGCGCAGCAAUCGCAUGCGAACGCAAAUCGCGUGGGAAGCUAUCGGGAGCACAUGAACAACCUGAUGAUGAGCGGCAGCAGCCGGCAGCCGUAUUCGUACAACAAUCCCGCGAUCUCCAUGUCCUCGGUGAACAACCAUAGUGGGGGUGGCGGGAAUGCUCCACCUCCGCUCGUCCGCUCGGCGGCGGGUCAAAAUGCCAACCACAUGUCAAAUGUCGAGCAGUCACUGGUGCAACAACAACAACAACAACAGCAACAGACACAACAACAACAACCGCAACAACAACAACAACGACACCAGAACAGCACAUUUAACAACAACAACAACCAUGCACCACAGCAACACUCUUCACCCAACAACCAGACCACUAGUAGCCACCAUCAUCAUCAUCCACAACAACAACAUCAACAACAACCACAGCAUGCCUUAGCCAAAAGUCUCAGCAGCGGCAACAACAGCAACAGCAACAACAGCAGCAGCAACAACAGCAGCAGCAACAACAACAACAUGAGGAGCAGCAGCAACAUGAACGGCAGCAACAGCAGCAACAACUCCAGUUCGGCGGCCGCAGUGGCCGCUGCUGCCGCCGCCGGCUAUGUGCAAGCUCUUUUGGGCGGCGGCGGCGGUGGCGGUGCGGGGGGCGUGGCUGGUGGCGCUGGCGCCGGCAGCAAUGCCUUCAACUACAACCUGCCCUCGACCCGAGCGGACUACACGAAUCUGGCGCUGUGGAAUCAACUAACGCCCGCCCAACGAUUGCUCUUCAGCCAGCAGCUGAAAGGUGCCAGUCCCACUGGAUCUGCUGGUGGUAAUAUAACCAGCGGCAGUGGAUCAAGUCAUGUCGCCGGUAAACAGAACUUUCCCGCGCUGCCAUCCCUGCCGUUGGACACGGAUCUGAUUACCAUGCUGGACUAUAACAAUCCCAAUAAGGCGAACAAGAGUCAGAAGAGUGGAGGUGUUACCUUUACCAAACCCAUUGUGCCACCACUGAUACCAGAUGGUUCGGGUGCUGAAAUAACGCUCACCAAGAGCAGAAGAGGCGGAGCAGCUGGAGCAGCAGGAGGAGGUGGUGUUGGUGGUGGUGGUGGUGUUGUUGGUGGUGUUGGAGGUGAUGGCGGCGGAGGAGUAGCUAUCGCAGGAAGUGGCACUACCAUACCGCUGAAUUCCACACAAGCACUCGAGGAUUUCGAAAAGAAGUUCACUGUGAUGACGGAUGAAAUGCGGGCUGUUAUACAAAAGGUUUUGGCCAAUCCGGAUCUCUCGACAUUUAUACAAACGAACUCCGGCAGCAAUAAUGCUGCAAAUCAAAAUCACCUGGUGCCAUCGUAUAUAUCGCCACCAAUGUCGCCAUCCGUGGGCGGUUUAAACAUGGGCAUGGCCAUGGGCAAUGUGGCCACCCUGACCUUGGCCUCCAAUCCGAAUGUGACGAUAACACCACAAUUGCCCGGACACUUUCUGCACUCGCCAUCGAGUUCGUGUUCCAGUUCGAGUGCCUCGAAUACGGCGCCAUCUCCGUUGAGCAGUGGUGGUAACGGCGGCGGCGUUGGGUUAACGGGUGGGGCGAGUGGUGCAGGCGGGGCAUCCAGCGGGUCAAGUGGGCGGCAAAAGAGCGUGAUUUGUUCGACCAAAAGUAAUAAUCUACCAAUGGCCAUACUAUCGCUAGCUAGCAAUAAUUCAGGUGGGGUUAGUUCAAAUUCAGGCGUACGACGGAAUAACAACAAUAAUACGAAUAGUAGUAAUUAUGGACGUCAGACACACAGCCACAGCCAAAGUAGUAGUAACCACAGCAAUACACAAACAAGCACCCAACAACAAACAAGCACACCCACUGACGUAAUCGAUCUGUCCUCCUCCCGAAGGUCACUAGCUGCAUCGGCGGCCUAUUUGCAGCAACACUCCUCGGCGGUUGCCCAACAACAGGUGGCAGCGGCAGCGGUGGCCCAGCAUCAACGUUUGGCCGCCGUCGCAGCCCAUCAUGCCCAGCAGAAUGGACGCAGUUCCUCGAAUUCCGCUAAUUCCGGCAGUUCGUCAAACUCAACGGGUAACAACAACAACGGCACGAGCAACAGUGGUUCCUCGGGUAAUGGCUCAAACGGCAAUGGUAAUGCCUCCUCGAACAGCGCCUCCAUGCAUCUGCAACGACAUGCGGCACUUGCACAUGCGGCGGCGGCGGCAAAUGCGGCGGAUAGUGCACAGCGGUUGUGCGUCAUACCCGAGAUACCCACGAACAACAUGAACCUGACGCCCUACAAGGUGCUGAAGGUGUGCGUGGACAAGCAUCUGGUGCCCUGCAUCAACAUGAAGGCCUACAAUGAUUCCGAGCAGCUGAUGACGCUCAUCGAGUUCCAGAAGAACUUCUUCCCCUCGGUGCCGCUGGAUCAUUGCAAGCGAUUGAUCGAGGCCCUCGGCGUGGAGCUCUACAAGGCAAAUCGGCGACAAGUGCAGAUCCUGAUGGAGUACGAUCGCAACUACAACGAGAACAUGCCGCUGGUGCAGGUGCGCGACAUUAUCAAGUACAUGACGCAGCUGACCUUCAUGACGCGCCAGUCGGAGCAGACGCCGGCCAAGAGGACGCGCACGAGCUAGGAAUUAAGCUGGGGAGCACAACAUUUGCCACCAACAACAAGCACAACAGCAGCAACCACAAUAGCCACAGCCACAUUAGCCACAGCCACAGGCAGACCAGCAACACCACCACCAGUCACCACAAGUGGCAGCAACACAGCAACAGCCACAGCCACAGUUCACACACGAACAACAGCAACGUCUGCGGGUAUAGUAGCACCACCAACAACGGUGGCAGCCACAUCGCUGCGCAGACGGGCCCUCACACCGCCAGCGAAUGUUAGUGGUGAUGAUGUGCUAGCCAGGCGCAGAGCAUUAGCGCCACCGCCAGCACCGGCAGUUCCUGCCACACCACCAGGAGCAGGAACCAUUGGAUCACCUGCACUAUCAGCCACACCUGUACACACCACCAGCAACACAUACGAAAUGUUGUACUCCCACAACCCACACCCGCAUCCGCAUCCGCACCAUCCUGCAGCCCAGCACCACCAAGCAGCCCAGCACCACCAUCAGCAGCACGAGCAGCAGCGUUUGCUAAAGAAGCGGCAACACGCCGAGCAAACGGCGCCCAAGAAUUCGCGCACUGCUGCGGCAGCUGCCCAGAAAAUGGCCGAAGCCGAACACGCCUAUCUAUCCAAUUUGUACGGCAAGGCAGCGGCCAGCAUGCUAAGUCCACCGUUGGGCAAUAUCCUGCCCGAGUGGGAGCAGCAGAGGCAGCGAAGGACACAGGCGGCAGCACCACCGCCCCACCAACAGCAGCAGCAGCAACAGACGCAGCAGCAGCAAACGGCGAUGACGGCGGUGGCGGCGCCACCUCAACGACAUAUAAUGCAUCGCCGGCAUAGCGUGUGUGCCGCUGGACUGGCCAGCCUGUCGCCCGCCUCCUCGACGCACUCAUCAUCGGCGGCCUCGCCCACAACGGCGGCAGCAGCGGCCUUGGCCGCAGCAUCCUACUAUGGCAGUGCGGCGGCAGCGGCGGCGGCGGCAUUUACGGCACCAUAUCAGCACCAUCAUCAUCAUCAUGCCGCUGCAGCUGCUGCGGCGGCACACCAUCAUGCAGCAGCAGCAGCUGCGGCAGCGGCGGCAGCAGCGGCAGCCCAUCAUACACAUGGCCAGCCAUCGCCAACCAUUUACCCACCCACUCCGCCGCCAUCGGCGCCCUGGGUGCAUCCUUGGUAUGCCGGCGAUGCGGCCUUCUGAGCGAGAGAUCGUAGAUAGAAUAGAUCGUAGACAGAUGAAGAUCCCAUGGGGCAAGCAACUCAAGCCCCACAUUGUACAUUCGAGUUUCUAGUGUGUUAAGCUAUUUAUUAAACGACGAAAGGAAAAAAAAAACAACACAAAACAAAACAAAAGAAAACCUAUUUAGAUCAAGGAGAGCUCCAAACAUUUUUUUUGCACGCCUGUCUGGAGGAGAUUAGAUUGUAAGUAGGCUAACUAAAACAAUUUCUGGGCAUUAUAUGCCAACUAAACAAUAACCAAGGGAAACCUUAUCGAUGAUAUAUGGACUAGAGCUGCUGGGAUUUCGUUUGGUCAAACAACAACAGCAAAACAGCAAAACAACAAACAAACAAACAAACAAACCAACAAACAUUUUCAAAUGAGAACUCAAAGAACUGAUUACAUUUAUUAUCAAAUCACACAGAGAGAACAAUUAGCUUUCGUUUCUUGAUUCGUUCGGAAUUCAUUUUCGUGGUUUAAAAGUCUUUUCUAGAAAUAUUUACAUACACUAACAGAUAUACAUGUUAUAUGCUAUACAUAUGUAAUAUAUAAGUAAAGAGCCAAUAAACUCGUCAUAUUGUAAGCAAGAAAUUAAAUUUCUUGCGUUUCAAAACUAUGCAAAAAAAACUACCAACUACCAUAAAAACUAAAAACAAAACGAAACACAAAAAACAAAAAAAAAAACAGCAACUAAAUGAAAGCAACUAUUCAAAAAUUGAGUCAAAUUUUGUAAGCUAGAAAAGAGAUCCGCAAAUCGAUCCUAAGAAAUUCCAUUCAAUAUUCAUUAUCGUCUCAUCAUUGUCAAAAAUUAUCAUCAAAAGUUCCCAUUCGAGCAGCAAAGCAUAAAUCGUAAGCAAUUGUAAAAUUUAACAAUUUCCAAAUCUAAAAGUAACAUAAAAAGCUACAACUAAAAAUUACAAACAAAAAAAAAACACAACAAAACAAAAUGAUAAGCUGAGGAAG